UGUACAUUUUGUUUGAUCGAGUGUAGCAUAUGUGAAGGCAUCUCAAGCAAGGAAAGUAAAGUUUCUUGAAUGCUGCAAACAAUUGGAUAUACCAAGUCAGAAAGGGUUGCAUGGGGAUGUUUCCACAAGGUGGAACUCGACUUAUCACAUGCUUGAUUCUGCCAUUGUCUAUCAGACUGCAUUUCAACAACUAGAGUUGGUGGAUAAAAAUUUUAAAGUGUGUCCAAGUAAUGAGGAUUGGAAAAAGAUUGAACACUUAUGUUGCUUUUUGAAGCCUUUUAAUGACAUUACUGAAUUAUUGUCUGGAUCAAAGUACCCAACAGCAAAUUUGUAUUUUCAUAAUGUAUGGAAAAUACAUUUGUCUUUGUUGAAAACGAUAAAUGAGGGAGAAGACUAUGUGAAAAAGAUGGCACAAGAAAUGAAAAAGAAGUUUGAUAAGUAUUGGGACUCAUAUAGCAUCAUUUUAGCUAUUGCUGUUGUAUUUGAUCCUCGUUACAAGCUAAUCUUUGUUAGGUAUGCUUUUGAUAAGAUAUACAGUUUGGAUUCAACAGCAAUGGAAAAGUUUAAUCUUGUGAAAUCGACCUUAGCACGACUCUUUGAAGAGUACCGGUGCAUGGAGAUAACUGAGGAAGAGAGGGGAUUUCAAUCACAUGCUAUUGAGGACAAUACAGUUGGAGAUGUUUUAGAUUGGGAGGAGCUAUCUAUGUAUGAGAGUUCUACUACUACUGUAAUACAAGAUAAAUCCGAAUUAGAUUUAUAUCUAGAAGAGCCAAGGAUUAAAGAUCCGAUCAAGCAUUAUGAUGUAUUGGCCUUUUGGAAGUCACAAGGAUCAAAGUAUCAUGAUCUUUCUCGGAUGACACGGGAUGUGUUGGCUAUUCCGGUAUCAACUAUUGCUUCUGAAUCAGCUUUUAGUGCUGGAGGUAAAGUUAUUGACAAAUACAGAAGUAAGCUAUUGCCUACAAAUGCUGAAGCGUUGAUUUGCCUUCGAGAUUGGAUGUUCGGAGUAGACUUUAGAGCUGAACCGGUUGAUGAUGCCAGUGAUUUGGCUAAUGCUUUGGGGAAUGUGUUGUCUUUGGAUGUGAGUGGUGAUACUAAUAUUACAGUAGAACCUGCACAAAGAUCUUCUGAUGCCUCUACUGCAGCUAAUGUUUAGUCUGUUAGGUGGGAUUGAUGUUGAAGCACUCCAGAUUGGACGAAAUCAGGAUAAUUUUGAGUCAUGUAACUAAAUAUUUAACUUUGGGGAUGUUUGGAUACGAAUUUAAGAUUUUUUGUGAUAUUUCUAAAUAUGUUAAUUGUGGGAUGUUUGGAUAAGAAUUUGGGACUUUUUAUGAUUCUAAAUAUUUUAAUUAUGAGAUGCUUGGACAA